AUCCCUCCACGGAUUUGGAGUUGUUCCUAUUUUUUUGUUGGGUGCUAUUUACUUGUUGUUUUUGGUGUCUCUUCCAAAGAAAAGAGGAAGUAAGUGAAGUGAUGUGAAGUGAUCGUGGUGUUGUGCUCGCUGAUUUUUGCCCCUGUCAUUGGGGUCUUUGAACUUGGCGAGCGUUCCACCCGCCGCCCCUCCUCCCCCGCUCCUCAUCCGCGCAGUGCGUGCCGUUUCGUUUUGGGCUUCGUGCAACUCCAAAGUGUGACGCCGAUUGCGGCCAUUAUCGCGAGCUUUUCGCUUCGCCCGGUAACCGAUAAGUGUUGCGUUGUGCCCUCGCCGCUGCCUGCAGUAAACGCUACCCACCCCCCAGACCCCAACUCUCCUCCCGCCCCAGCGCCGUCGAAGGGGGCCAGGCAAUCAGUUAUUGGCCCGCCGUCGCUCUAAUGAACGUUGAACUGCAAAUUGCAAAGUCGUACGAAAAUAACAAACAAACGCGAAAUGCGAAAUGCGAAUCCGCUCUCUCUAGCGGAACAUCCGCGUCGCUCGCAGCGAGUGCGUUCACCCCUGGAUGUGGAUGUGGAUGUGGAGCCGCCUAUCGGGAGAUCACUCACUUCAAGGCGGAGGGUCUUAUGAAACGGCGAACCUCAUCAAGAUCUCGAAUUGGCCGUCCGCCUAAGAGGAUCACACCACACUGCCGGAUUCGAGGACUGGAGCACUGGAGCACUUUAGGACUGGAGGAUUGAAGGAGGAGCCGAAAUGCGGGUAAUUCAAUCAGGAAUCGGUUUCGCUCUGGAAACAUCCAUUGAUCACGUCCAAGUCGGCCGCAGAUCCCGGAUGGGGGAUCGCAGAUCCGGAGAUUACUCAUCCAGAUGGAAAUUGCAGCGGGAAAGCAUCUCCGGUGCGGAAGUAGUGCACGUCGCUCUCCGGCCCCCGAGCUUCAUUUAGUCAUGCAUCUUACGGCGGGCACGGCCGUGAUACGGGGGCCAGCGCUCCCCGGCGGAGACUCUCUUCCGGUCUGCGGUCACGUGGGGAGAGCGCUCUGCGCUCCGUACUCUGCACUCUGCAUUCUGCAUUCUGCACACUGAAGUGUGCAUUCUAGCCGCUGCACCGUUAGCCAAGAUUGGUUUUGGUCUCUUUGGAUGGGGCAGCCAACAUCUUCGUACUUAAAUCACGCGGCGCUCAAUUGGCAUGCGAGUUAUGCAACAUUCUCGGAAGCGAGCGCACCCAGCGACCUUUUAAGCGCGUCUGCCCUGCUCCAAGUCACCACUGCCACUCCAGAGCUGACCGCGGUCGCAACCAAGGUUCCACGAAAAGCAGGCACACUAGGCACACACCAUCCCUCCAGAGUCAACUUCGUCAGAUGAGCCCAGGACCACAAGGACAAACUAGUACCAGUCAAGUUUCGAGUCAGCUAAAGUAGAGUGCCCACCAUGACGCACUGCCUUUGGUCGACACUGCUGGGCCUGCUGUCCGUGCUCUCCGCCGCCACCAGCCGCUCGGUGCGGCAACUACCAAGCGCAUAUCCACCGGUGCUGCCCACCGGAUACUACGGACAGCCGCCGUAUGCUUACCCACCCUACGGCUAUGGCUACCAGGCGCCACCACCCGUCUACCAGCCUUACUACGACAACGUUUUCGGCGUCUUCAAGAGCUACCCCGGCGGUGGGUUCCCCGUGCGGUUCGAUUACAAUAAUCGCUGCUCACGCAACUACAUUGGCAUCAAGCCCCAUCCCGACCAGCAGCAGUACUACUACGUCUGCAAGCCCGACUGCGUUAUCUUCAGCAAAUGCCGCAGCCUUGAGAGCUUCGACGCCAGCAGCGGGCGAUGCGUGCAACACGUUCCGCAGCACAGACCGGACCACCGGCCGCCGCAGUGCGAGAAGGAGGGCCGCUUUCCACACCCCCACGACUGCAAGGUGUACUACAGGUGCGAUAAAAACCGGACGCAGCCCUGGCUAUUCGCCUGCCCGGCGGGCACCAUUUUCUCGCCGGUGGAGCGCAAAUGCCUGCCCGGCGACCAGUGCCCCUCGACGGAGAUAUCGGACAGCGGCAGCUACAUUCCCCAGAACUGCGAGCUGAAGUUUCCCGAGUGCGCCGAGGAAGGCACCUUCCGCUCCCCGACGGACUGCGCCCUCUACUACACGUGUCGCCUGCAGGCAAGUGGCACCUAUCUGCAGACACGAUUCAAAUGCCCCGGCAGCAAUAGCUUCGAUAUCGAGCGGAAGCUGUGUCGUCCCCGCAGUGAAGUCGACUGCUUUGACUUUGUUCCGGGACCCGUGCAGGUGCCCUACGCCCCACAGCCCUACUAUCCGCCCUAUCCAGCUGCACCCCCGCUCUACGAAGAGGACGACUACGAUACGGAAGCCAAGGAACAGCAGCCUGCCCUUAAGUCCGAGAAGGUUCAGCUAACGGCGCUGGGCUUUGAAAGACCUUCAUUGGAUGUGGUGGAGCUGCCAGCUCCAGCGGCCAUUCCAAAGGUCAUUCCAAAGACCCCAACCGCUACGGAACCUACCACUGAUUCUGCCUAUCCUAAAUACCCCGCCUAUCCCUCGUACCCCUCAUAUGAGUAUGCAUCACACCAUCGCGGCAAGGAAACGGCUGCAGAAAACUUAGAAGUUGAGGAAGAGGGCGUUCCGCGCAAACUAAAGCUCUCGGAAAACAUUGCCUUCGAACCAGAGGAUGCACCUACUCCUGCGCCUUUAAAGGAUACUAGUAAUUAUCAAUACAAAAGAUAUACCUAUGGUACUUCCGAGAACGAUGUCACGGAGGCUCCGGAACUCAAAUCACCUUUAAAGGGCUUGCACCUUUCGCAAAAUAUUGUCAUUGUCAAUACAGAGACUACUGCAAAGCCAGAGGUGCCUACAUGCCCCACUAGUGCAACACAGGGUACAACACCCAAACCAAGCACAACUACCACAGUCAGAAGUACCACCCCAAUAAUUUCAAGUACGGAACCACAUAGCACAGCGACCGCGAAAUCUACUACUGAAAGACCAACAACAGUUACUGAGAAAACCUCGCCAGCUACCGAAAAACCGAGGACUACUGCAGGGACAUCAACGACUCAUAAACGAAGUACGACCACUCACCACACUUCUCACAAAACGUCAACAGCUUCUAGCACUACCAAAAAAAGAACAACUCCCCGAACUUCGAAGAGUACAAAGAAGCCACAUAGUACCACUCCCAAACUAACCACAACGCCUCCGAAAAGAACAACGCCUACUCACAAAUCUACUGCAGCAACAACUACUACUGAGAUACCAAAAUCGACUACUGGGAAAACAUCAACAGCUGCCGCUACCACUAGGAAAUCCACAGAAAGUUCCCCUGAACCUCACAAAUCUACUGCAGCCACAACUGAGAAACCAAAAUCGACUACUGAGAAAACAUCAACAGCUGCCGCUACCACUAAGAAAUCCACGGAAAGUUCCCCUAAACCUUCAAGCAGUACGGAAAAAGCAACUACAACUCCCAAACAUUCAACAACAACGACACCAACGACAACAGUUACAUCCACAACUCCAAUAACAACAACCACCGCUUCGAGAUCCUCCACGGAAAGUACGUCCACUCAACCCCCAACAACAACAACCACUCAACCAACAACAACGACAACUGCGAAGUCAACACCUACGAAAAAUCCAACAACUAUUGCCCCGAAAAUCUCUACAACGACAACGACCACGGAAAAGCCCAAAACUACUACUACUACAACAACGACCCAGAAGACGACUCCGACAGCCCCAACAACAACUAAAUUCACUACAACUACACAAAAUCCGGCUACAACUACACCGGAAACUACAUCUACUCAACACUCAACAACAACUACGCCUCAACCAACAAAGAAGACGACUCGGAAGUCAACCACUACGCCUCAACCAACAAAGAAGACGACUCGGAAGUCGACCACUACGCCAAAACCAACAACGAGGGCUCCGAAAACCUCUCCAACAACAACGACCACGGAACAGCCAAGAACUACUACUACGGCUAUACCAGCAACAACGGCACAGAAGACGACUACACACAAACGGGAAACAACUCCACAGAAGACCUCGACAACAGCACCUACCAGCAAAACAACACAUAAUAAUCCAGAACCUACGACUGAACAACAUAGUACUCCGAAAACAUCAACAGGCACCGAAAAGACAACGAUUAGUACUUCCAAGCCUGCCACCGAAAGAAGUACCGAAAAUCCAACUACGGCCUCUGUGAAAACUUCUGCAUUACCUAGCUCCACUCAAAAAGCAACCAGCACUACUUCCGAAUCGACUACAACGACUCAGAAAAUAACCACGCCGACUCCGAAACCAACUACGCUGAAACCCUCUACUCAGGAACCAAUAUCUUCUACUCAUGAAGCUUCCACGGUUUCUACUACCACGAAGAAGGCUACAGAAAGUUCUCCGUUACCCACACUAAGUACGGAAGAACCAACUACAACUCCCAAUCCACUGGCAACAACGACUCCAACGAUUCCAACAACAACUACAGUGGCAGCCACUACUCGAAUUACAACCACCACCAUUUCGGAAUCCUCUACGGAAACCACGUCGUCUCCAAAGCCAGAACCUACUACUCCUAAACCCACAACAACGACGGCUCCAGAGACAACAACAGUGACCAUAUCUACUCAAAAUCCAAUCACGUCCAGUCCGAAAACCUCCUCGGCAACCAUACCCACAGCAAAACCAAGUUCCAGCACACAAAGGCCGACCACACCAACUCGCCAACCGACAACAGUUACGGCACCAACUACAAGUAUCGGAACCACGAAGGUUCCAACUACCACUACCCCGCAAGUCUCCACCGCCUCGACUGCAGUGACCACUGUGACGCGACCGCCAUGUCCCGAUCACGACUCCACCUCAGAUCAGAACACACAUCCUGCAUGCACACAAGAACACCAACAAGUGAACCUACUUGAACUACAAUCACCACAGAAACAAGAAAAGCCCACCCACACACAAACCAACACUGCAUUUGCCGGAAGUAGGAACACUUUGGACGGGCAGGAAGUGCCCGACUACAUGGACGAUGCACCGUCCUCCGCCGAUGCGGAAUCAGGGCAGGCAACAACAGCUAGGGCUCCAACCAUGUCCACCCUGGCGGCGGCCCACCUUCUGCAGAAACUGUUUCACAUAAUCUCCACCACGCCGCCGAGCAAGGAGCACGCUCCCACUCAGCGACCUUCCAGUCAGCUGUCCUCCAGCCCGCGUCCGCGAGGAGUGACCAUUGCUCAGAUGGCCAAGCACAACCUGGCCACCUCCAAGCCCUUUAUCGCGCACUCUCUACGGCUCUCCAUCCAGCAGCUGGCCUCCACCCAGAAGCGCUCUAUCCCACCCAAGGCCCUUGUCACGCACAACACCACCAAGAAGGAGCCGGAGGACUCCGAGUACUACGACAGUGAGACAUCGGAGCAGUACGCGGACGAGGACAACGAGGUGCUGGACAAAACGCAGCCAAAGGCAAUGUCCAGCACCACUGUGGCCGCAGUGAUCCCUGCUGCUCCGUCUACGAGCACUGAGCCACAGGCACAUGAAACCACUUCUGUGCCAAGUCCGACCAAGGCAGCUCCCUCAUCCACAGCCCAGCCCAUUGAGUCGACAACUGGAGAGCCGGACUACGGCGACAGCUCUGGCGGCUCUGACUAUGUCAAUGACGCGAAUGACAUUGCGAGCGGUGUAGUCAGCAGCCUGGAGGCCAGGAAGAACUUCCUGCUCAGCCUCCUGAAGCAGCGCCUAACUCCUACAGAAGUGAAGAAGCCAUUGCCGGCUAUGACCACAUCCACAACCACAGGUGCCCCUCAGUCAUCGAGCAGCAGUGCAAGUCCUGCGUCCACCACAAGCGAGAGCACUGCUUCGCCCACGAGUUCGACCGCAAGACCAGCUCUGACUGCUAGUAAGCACUUACGUCCAGAGGCACUCAGUCGGCAGAAAAGUUCGACACCUCUGAGUGCGGAAUACUAUGAUGAGGACGAGGACUACAUGGAAGACGAGCCCGCUGCUUUUUCUGAUGCUGACCAAAAAGAGCGGGGCGCAACCUUAGUAGGGGAUAAGCCACCAGCGGCCACCGCCAAGCGACACGUGGCACCUCCAUCGGCGCAGCCCGUAGCACAGACGAUGCUCAAUAUAUUAGCAACCAGGAGCGAGGCAAACGAAGUGGAAGUAAAAGGCGCAUCCGACGGAGUGCAGUUUAGGAAACUCGGUAGCAAGGAAGGCCAGACUCCCACCGAAAGUCCAACCAACAGCGCAUCAGUAGUGGCUGAGGCUCUAAGCCGAAGACUGGCCGACAGAGUUGGGCAUCCUUCUGGCCCAACCGUGCCACACACAUCUAAUCCAAAGCCAACCGAAUCAGUCAUGCAAACAACGAUACAAAGCAGAAUACCACAAACUGAAUCAUCUUCGCAAACACCACCAUCGACAUCUGCAGCAACACCAGCGACACCAGCAACACCAGCGACACAAGCAACCCAAAAACCUCGAACAUUCGAAUCGGGAAAACAAAAACCAGAGUCCAUCGCACAGAGUACCCAAGAAAUAGUCACACAGACCACUCCAGAAUCAGCGCCACCAGCAACAGCAAGAGCAACGGCAGCACCUGUGCCCGUCGCAGUGCGCCAGGAAGUGCUGUCGGUGAACAGCAGGCCCUGGUUGCUGGCGGCGCGCAACCAGACCGUCCACCUCACACCCAUCUCCUCCAUAUCGUCCAUCUCCUCCGCCGCUCGAGCGCCAAGCAACCCAGUGAGCCUCGCUAACCGUUCGUUCAAUCCACUAGUGUCCAGUCCCGAGGACCACUCCACGGAGAAGGUGCCGCAGCUCAUCGUGAAGGUGUACGAGCCCAUCGACCUGAAGAUCGUCUUCUGUCCGAAGUCCUGCGACCAGGACCACGAUCACAAAUUCGAUGGCGUGUGUACGGCGAUUGUUUCCAGUGGUCGACUAGGGACAAGCCACGCGAAAUGAACUUGAAAUGGAAGCCAGAAACGCACUAAUGUCCUUCAACGACUGGACCGGCAAAUACCAAGUUCGCGGAUACAGUUUGCUGAUACACCUCCCUGCCCGCUGCUACCCACUGUGGCGGUCUCAUGUGCGCGGCGACAAAGUUUUUAUUCCUUUGUUUAGAAUAAGCAUAAAUGCGCACGUGUUCCGGCCGCUUUAGUGCACGGCAGAUUGGGAGAAGGGGACGGGGCCGUUAAAUUUUAAUGCGCCCGUAUCGAUAUGCGAGCACGGUCCGCUCCAGCGGAAUCUAUAAAAGCGAAAAUCGCGUGUCACCAUCGUGGGAUUCCUGUUCCUCUAACGCUGCCUGCGAAGUCUCGAUAAGGCAAUUGGCAUCUGGAGGUUAGUUGUCGGGCGAAGAAUGGCAGCUGCAUCGCCACACCCGCUCAUUGUCUCCAGCCCAUGGGAGCUCGCCUAUGAAUAUCCCAUGAGCUCACGCACUUAAGCAUCUGCUCGCACUUUGCGUAAAUUCGCAAUGUCGCAACUUCUAAUCAAUACCGCCAAAAGUUGGCUCAGAGCUCAGCAAGGAGUCCACGCUGUGGUUCCUCAACGUUUACCAAUGUAUAGAAGCAUAUGAGUAUUACCUUUUACUGGAUUUGCGAAAUUAGUGAUAAACGCUUAAAAUGUACUUAUUUGAUUUUCUGGCAGCUCUUGAGAAUACAA